AUGGAAGCUUUCUUGAACAGCACGGGGAAGCUCACGAAAAUCGGUCAAGGCUUCUGCGGCACCGUUUGGGCAGAGGAAGAUGGCGGAACGGUCGUGAUCAAACUCGCCGACGGCGAGAAGCACGACAAGAAUUACAAGGACAACGCUGAAAGCGGCGAGGGGGCUCGUGCAGCAAUUAAUGUCAACAUCCCUCACCACAUUACCUUCCUUAACCAGACACCGAUCCUCUUCUGGCCGGCGAUCCUGCCCCGGCUGCCGGCGGGCUUCGAGGCGUGUGAGGCGCUGGUCAGCGAGCGGAUCCCGCCCAUGAGCCUCGCCCUCGCGCGCGACAAGGCCAACGAGAGCUGCCUAGUCCGGCCGUACCUCGGCCGACGCCGACCCGAGCAAGGUGGCCCCGGCCCGAAGCAGCGCUUCUUCAGCCUGCGAAACUUCCCGCUGCACAUGGAUCAGAUGGAGGAGCUGGGCUUGCCCGUGGCUGCCUACGCGACCGCCAUGGCCGACGCGCUCGCCUUUUUGCACUGGACGGCCCGGGUCGACGCCUGCGACGUCGAGCUUGUCCUGGCGGCCCCGCGAUCGGCCACCGCGUCCCCUUGGUCGUCCUCCGUCGGCGGCGGCGGCGGCGGCGGCGGCGGCGGCGGCGACGAAUUCUACGCGGAGGCGCUCGGCGCGCACGGCAUGUGGAUGCUCGACUUUGACUGCUGCCGGCCGCUGGAGAUGAGCGCGGAGGGGAUGACGCGUCGCGGCGAUGUGCUUCUGGCGCAACGACCCGUUCUACCCGCGGCCGGAUGCGAGCGGCGCGUGGCGGGUGUUUGA